AUGUCGUACAACACCAAUAUGCUGCUAGCCACGCGGCAGCGAUCGCGUCUUUCACACAGCGACGUCAAACUCAUACUCUACCUCAUUGUACAAAUCAAGCCCUUCAAGUAUGUGGGCGACCGCACCUUGUCGCAAUCGCGCAAGUGGGAUCUUAUCCAGCAGAAGUUUGAGCGGUACAAGCUCAGUCGCGGCACCACGCCCAUAUCUGUCCCCACUGUGCGGACGCUUCAGCGGCAGAUGGCCACCGCAUUGCGCAAAGCGCAAACACUACAACUUGCAGAUCCGCCGCGCGCUCCCUUUGAUGUAUUUCGCCACUUGCUGUUGCAAAGUCUGCUUGCCGACUUGGAGCGCGCUGUGCUUGAGUUGUACAACUUGUCUGAGGCAUAUAAAACGGGCCAGACCGUGGGUCCACUCCCGGACAUUGUGCAUUCUUUUGCGGACCUGCCGAUUGAGGCGGAACCGGACGCAGAAGACGCCCCCAAUACGCCGAGCCCACAUGCGUCAGAUCUGGGCGACGACAUGGACGUGCCUGAUGCCAUGGCGCCUCUUCUUGCGAGCUUGCAUGCAUUGAUGGACCAGAACGCGGCUUUUUACGGCGAGUGCAUGGCCAUGAUGCGCCAGCACUCCACAGCGAUGGCGGAAAAGUGCGCGUACUUCGAGCGGCUUUUGACCUCCACAGCAGAGCUACUUAAAACUACACUGCCUAAAACUGGUGCUGCUGUUCUACAUGCAGAAACGCAUGCAGACGCACCUGCGGCCGAACCAGCAGAUGAACCGGCAGCAGAUGUACCGGCAGAUGUACCGGGAGAUAUACCGGCAGAUGAACCCGCAGAUGAGCCAACUGACGCAGCUGCCGGCGAUACCUCGGAUAGCACCUCCAGAGAGAGGCAGCUGGGCUCGCUUCUGGUGCUUCUUAAUUGA